AUGUCAUCAAAAGAACAAGAAAACGAUACGGAAAAAAUUAUCAAUACUACUCCUACUACUUUAUAUGAAGAAGAAAUAGAUUUUUCGAUAGUUGACGCUCUUCCUCCACAACAUACUUCCAAACCUGAACAAGAUAACGAUGAAGUGGAAGAUCAAUAUGACAAAGUCGACGAAAAAUCCUCUUCAAAAAUUAAAAAAUCGAAAAAGAAAAAGGACAAAAAAUCAUCAACUGAAAGUAAUACCAUACCGAUGAGCCAGUUGUUUAGAUUUGCUACCCCUCUAGAUAAAUUUUAUAUGAUAGUAGGUGCCAUAGCAGCAAUUGCUAAUGGUGUUUCUGUACCAUUUAUGACCAUUAUAUUUUCAGGAUUUAUUGAUAUUUUUGGAAGAUUUUCGUUGGCUAUAUCAACUCAUAAUUCUACUGGUGAUGAAGAAAAAUUUGAUGAAGCUAAAAGAGCAUUAGAUACCAAUAUUCGUACAUACGUUAUUUAUUUUGUAAUAUUAGGAGCUGCUAUGUUCUUAGCUAGUUAUAUUCAAAUGACUCUUUGGACUAUUGCCGGUGAAAAUCAAGCUAAAAGGGUUCGCAAAUUAUAUUAUUCAUCGAUAUUGAAACAAGAAAUAGCUUAUUUUGACAACAUGUCAACAGGUGAUAUAACUACACGUAUAUCAAGUGAUACAAAUUUAUAUCAAGAAGGAAUUUCUGAUAAAAUUGGUUUGAUUAUACAAAACUUCGCUACGUUACUUGGUGGCUUUAUUAUCGCUUUCAUUAAAGCUUGGAAAUUAUCACUCGUAUUAUGUUCUAUAUUUCCUUUGUUGAUGAUUGCUGGAGCUUUCAUGUCAAAAGCUGUCGGUGGUGGAUCUGCAGAAGGACAAGAUGCUUACGCAGCCGCAGGAGGAAUUGUGGAACAAGUCUUAUCCAAUAUUCGCACGGUUUUAGCAUUUGGAGGUCAAUCACGUGAAUUGGCUAGAUACGCAACACAAUUAGAAUUAGCAUAUAAAGCAGGGAGAAAGAAAGCAAUAGUAAGUGGUGCAGGAAUAGGUUUUAUGAUGAUGGUAUUAUUUUUUUCAUACGCCCUAGCAUUUUGGUAUGGAAGUAGAUUGAUUUUAAAUAAUGAAAUAUCUGGAGGAGAUAUUCUAAAUGCUCUUUUUGCUGUUAUAAUCGGAGCUUUUUCUAUUGGAAAUGCAUCCCCAUAUUUUGCCGAUGUGGCUAAAGCGUUAGGCUCAGCAAAAAACCUUUUUACAGCAAUAGAUCGUAAAUCUUUGAUAGAUGCAACAUCUACUACCGGUAAAAUAUUACCCUCUUCUGGACUCGAAGGACAUAUAGAAUUUAAAAAUGUAUCAUUUAAUUAUCCAACACGUCCAGAUGUGCAAGUAUUAAAAAAUUUUACGUUAAAAAUCGAACCAAAUAAAACUGUGGCAUUAGUAGGUUCGAGUGGUAGCGGUAAAUCAACGAUAGUAGGAUUAUUAGAAAGAUUUUAUGACCCAAUUGAAGGAGAAAUUCUUAUAGAUGGAGUACCUAUAAAAGAAUGGAAUUUAAAAACCCUAAGAGGAUUUAUUGGUUUAGUUGGACAAGAACCAGUAUUAUUUCAAGAUUCUAUUAAACAAAAUAUUGCAUGGGGUAAAAUUUCUGAAGAUAAAGAAGUUAGUUUAGAAGAAAUUAUCGAAGUAUGUAAAAAAUCUAACGCAUACGAUUUCAUUAAUGAAUUACCAAAAAAAUAUGAUACUUUAGUAGGAGAAAAAGGUGCUUUAUUAUCUGGAGGACAAAAACAAAGGAUUGCUAUUGCAAGAGCUUUAAUUAAAAAUCCACCAAUUUUAUUAUUAGAUGAAGCUACAUCCGCACUAGAUACUGAAUCUGAACGUCUUGUUCAAGAUGCUUUAGAUAAUGCUUCAUCAAAUAGAACAACAAUUGUUAUUGCUCAUAGGUUAUCCACGAUUAAAAAUGCUGAUAAAAUUGUUGUAAUGCAUAAAGGUGAAAUUAAAGAAGUCGGAAAACAUGAUGAAUUAAUUGCGAAAAAAGGUGUUUAUUAUGAUCUUGUACAAGCCCAAGAAUUAAAUACCCAUAAAGAAAAAGAUGGUAAAUAUGACGAUGAAGAAAAAGAGGAUGAUGAUUCGAGUAAAGAUAACGUUACAAAUAAUGAAGAAGUUGUUAUCACUUUUGACGAAGACAAUAAAUCCACACAAUUAAGAAAAAUUAUUACAAAAGAUUCUACAACAAAAUCAAUUAAAUCUUUAGAAGAAGAAAUUAAAGAAAAAGAAGAAAAAUAUAAGCAUACAAAAGCACCAUUUUCAAGAUUGUUUAAGUUAAAUAAGCCAGAAUUAUUAUUGAUAAUACUUGGAACGAUAGCAUCGGCUGUUAAUGGUACUAUAUUCCCAUUAUUUGCUUUACUAUUUGCAGCAAUAUUAGAUACUUUUUCUAAAAUUGAUCGCCCUGAUGAAUUAAGAAGUGAAGCUAAUUUUCUUUCAGGAAUGUUUGCAUUAAUUGCAGUUGGUGUUUUUGUAGCAGAAUUUUUUAAAAAUACAUCCUUUAUGCUUAGUUCAGAAAGAUUGACCAGACGUAUUAGAUUAAUGACUUUUGGUCAAUUAAUAAAACAAGAAGUAGCAUUUUUUGAUAGUGAAGAUAAUGGUACUGGUAUAUUAACCGCUAAAUUGGCUGUUGAUGCAACUAAAAUUGAAGGACUUACAGGAUCGCUUAUGGGUAAUAUUAUCCAGACGGCAGUAACGAUCUCACUUGGAGUGGGACUUGCUUUUGCGUAUGGAUGGAAAUUAACAUUGGUUGUAGUUGCAACGGCUCCAACCGUGGGAAUUGCAAAUUAUUUCAAAAUAAGAUCUCUCUCUGGCUACGGUUCCAAGACUCGCAAAGCAUAUGAAGGAACAGGACAAAUAGUUCAUCAAAGUGUUUCAAAUAUUCGUACAAUACAAUCUUUAUCGUUGGAAACUACGUUUUUUGAGGUUUAUAAUAAAUUAAUAUCAGAACCGCAUAAAAUGGCUAUCAAAGGAACUCUCGUAUCAUCAGUAGGGUUUGGAUUAUCACAAGCGAUGAUGUACUUUUUCUACUCCCUCACUUUUUGGUAUGGUUCACAAUUAGUAAAAAGUCAAGAAUACAGCGUUAUUAGAAUGUUCAAUGUAUUAUUUGCAAUUGCUUUCUCAGCAACAUCUCUAGGUCAAAUAAGUACUUUUGCACCAAAUAUAUCAAAAGCGAAAAUAGCAGCACUUUCGAUAUUCGAAAUACUUGAUAGAAAACCAAAUACCUCACCACCGAAUAGUAUAAACGAUCGUCCAACUCCAGUAACAGGGGCAUCAAAAUUCACAGAUGUACAUUUCUCUUAUCCAACACGUCCGACAACACAAAUAUUACGAGGACUUUCAAUAGACGCACUCGCUAAUAAAACCACUGCAUUAGUAGGUUCAAGUGGUAGUGGUAAAUCAACUGUAAUCUCUUUACUAUUACGAUAUUAUAAUGCUAAUUCUGGAAGUGUUUACAUGGAAGAUGUUGAUAUUCAACAAUGGGAUUUGGAUUAUUUAAGAGAAAAUACUUCAUUGGUCGGACAAGAACCCAUUUUAUUUGAUUUAACCAUUGGUGAAAAUAUUGCUUAUGGAAAGGAAGGUGCCACUCAAGAUGAAAUUGAAACUGCUGCAAAACAAGCCAACAUACACAAUUUUAUUGAUGCACUUCCAGAUAAAUAUAAUACUAGAGUUGGUGAAAAGGGUACUCAAUUAAGUGGUGGACAAAAACAAAGAAUUGCUAUUGCAAGAGCAUUAAUUAGAAAACCAAAAUUAUUAUUAUUGGAUGAAGCUACUUCAGCAUUAGAUUCUGAAUCCGAAAAAGUUGUACAAAAUGCUCUUGAUAAAGCUGCUAAAGGUAGAACUACUUUAACUAUAGCUCAUAGAUUAUCUACUAUACAAAAUUCUGAUUUAAUUUUAGUUUGUAAAAAAGGCAAAAUUGUUGAAUAUGGUAAACAUUUAGAAUUGAUCUCUAAAAAAGGUUUAUACUUUGAUUUAGUUAACAAACAAACUCUUAUGAAAAAGAAAGAUUAA